AUGUUUCCUCCUAUGGACCGGUUAACCGCUAUUAGCAGGAGCUUGGUGGAUCUUGAAACGAAUAGCUCUAUUCCUCCUACAUGGGAAAACCGGACGUCCAUUCUAGGCGGAAUAAGUAAUACGGCUAUUUCAAUAACGGGCUCAAGCGUGGUAGCAUCUUUCUACAGCCUACACAGUCUUAUCGACGUGGCACAAAUAUUCGCGUUAAUUUGUAGCUCCAUAAUUCCUCUCUCUAGCAUGGAUCAAAUAAAGGAUGACUGGAAGAAACUGUUCCUAGGUGUAAUUCCAAACAUUCUGGCUCUAAAUUUUGGUGCAACAGUUGUACAAUCUUCGAUCGUCCUCGGAAUUAUCAUCUCAGCAACGAUGGUCCUGCUAUAUUUCUUUUGGUCGAUGACGAAUAGACUUGAGGACCUAGAUGCGCAAGAAGGUUUUCCGACUGUACAGCCGAAAGGCAGUGGAUGGGGUUUGAUACUAGUUUGCUUCAUGUUGACUGUCCUGUAUUUGCCUCUGAGUACAAUCGUGACUCAUGCGCUCGUCUGGUCCGACGACUUCUGGGUUGUCGCUAACCCCUAUAUAAAUGCAACGACAAAUCCUCCAUCUCUUCCGCCUCUUGGACCAUCCGACGAGUUCCGCGACCCUCUCGACUUCUGUUAUACCACAACUAUGAAACGCAAUGAAGUCAACCUUGCUCCGAUCAUUGUCAUCGUUUCGGGUGUGGCAUUUCUGACUGUACGUGAGCUCCCUACUGCCACAUGCUUGAUCAUAAUUCCUCCGCAGAUGACUAUAUGGUACCCGCUGCAGCUUCGCAGGGUCAUAAUGCAAGCUGUACCCAAAGUAGACCGAUUUACUGAGAGGGGGACACCCAGGAGCUCCAGUGAACUCGAUCGGGCCUACCAACGGCUUAUUCAACGGGACCAGCAUCCAAUGACCUUUCUUUACUCGGACUUUCGUCGGGGUUGGGGAACCUACAAGUCGAUUUAUCUGCUUGCGAAACUCAGUGCUCUUAUCAUCAUCUCCGUCAUCUCUCCGGAUAAUUGUUUAUUUCGUACUUUAUCUCGGAUUUACGUUUCCAUAACUCGUCAAGCUGUUCUAUCUGCAGUGAUGCUUAUCUUUUUCUUGAUCCAAUGUUUCCGAGCUCCAUUCAUCGAUCCAGUCAACAACGCUAGCGAAUGGACGUCCAGAUUAAGCUAUCUUCUUACUUCACUCGUCGGGCUCGCUAUUGCCAUCGAUGAGUCAGAGGCCGAUAUUUUGAAUGGCCCAGUGCUUUAUAUAAUUUAUAUUCUUACUUAUGGAUUCGCUGUUUAUUUCACUAUUAUUGACUUCAACUGGAUGCAGCGUAUCGUCAAACGUAUUACCGGGCGGAUGGAUUUUAGUAUCGAUGUUUUCUCCCCGAGACUCGACUUGAGCCCUUCAUCACCGCACGUCAAGCGGAGGACAUGGCAAGAAACGAUAACGACCCUCUUUCUGACGUCACCCGAAUGCCAGAUUCCCAAGGACCAGGCUAUGCGAUAUGCAAGUGCAAGGGAAAUAGAAUAUCCUCCCUAUCUAUUAGGAUUUGAAGGGUCUCCAGCUGAACGACACGUGGAAAAUUUGAAGAUUCUGCGCGAAGUUGGCUUGAAGGGCUACUUGAGAGGAUGCAAAGACCUUAAAGAUCAUGCUCUACUACACUCCUUACAAGAAUGGAUUCAACGCGAAUUCACUGGUCCUGACAUGCUUUGGUUAGCACCCGACAAAACUGAGCAGCCGCAAGCACGGUUUGGAACGUCCUGGUGGAUUCCAUUCCCUCCUACUCUAGUAUUUCGCUAUGAUGAUGGCGGAACUGCCGUUUUGAACCUAAAGGAGCAGUUCGAUGUAUAUUUAAGCUUGAACCAAAGCAAAGAUGCGCAGAGGAAACGCCAACUGCGGCUUGCACUUCGAGCGCUAGAUGGUCAGAUACCUGUUGGGAAUCACAAUCAACUUUGCUGCUUCGGUCGUAGGUAUCGAGCACGAGGUAUUAUGGAUCUGCACAGAGGCGUCUUCCGUAUACAACGUAAAGGCCGAUUGAUGUGGAAAGGUAUCGAUUUGGGCAGCGGGUUUGACAUCGAACUAGCAUAUAGUAAGGACAUCCAGAUGUCCGGAGACGCACUGGGCUACAGCAACGAUUGCGACCUUACGCCAUCACUAGCUCGCUUCCUUACUUUGAACCAAGCGCUCGUUGUGGAGCGUUUACCGAUUAUCGAAUGGACAAUGGGAGACUUCCGCAAACACUACCGAAGAGAAUGCCGAUACAAGGCACAGGUCCUAAGCUAUGAAUUUCUGACGACUGUGCAUGACACGCCGCAAGGGCACGAAGAGUUUGUGCGGCACGUCGCAGAACAAGAAGCGGACUUGAGGGUUCGUCAACUGAUACUUGGAGCAACGGAUGCUUUUUUGGCAGGCCACGAACGGUUUGAACGGGCAGUUUCUUCGCCGGCUGCAGCAUGGUGGUACGUAUUUUGGGAUGACGUUUGGAGACGGAAUCAUGAUACUAUCGGAAACAUGAGUUUGCACGAACAAGAUUUCAACCCAUUUUAUCCGACUUCGAUCGCCUACACGCCAUUACCUCGUCCUGCAUUAGAAGCUUUCCUUCGCCAAAGAGGACUAUACGGAAAAUCAACAUUCAACGCAUUCUUUCACCCUGGGCUUCUUAACAAGAUAUAUUUUUGGCUAAGCCAGAUUGUGUUUCCUAACUCCAGUCGCGCGGUGUUACUUCAUCUCGGUGAAGGCCCUUCGGAGAUCAAUAUCUCUGCCAUAGACACACCUUCCCAUGCUCGGUCGUCGUCACUCGGUACCGGCGGCGGGACCGACUAUGAUGAUUCAUAUAUCCGCGCCAGACCUAAUUAUCGAUGGGAAGGUCUCUUAGAGGAUCCCAUACGGAGUCGGCGGAGAAGGUCGGGAUGGCUUGCGAAGCUUGGUGUGUGGUUAGGUGUGACGCCUCUUUGGAGAUCUGGUAUGAUGACUCGAGGGCUUGCUUUGGAUGUGAAGCUUGAGAACGGGAGAUAUGUCUUGAUUUCAAAGGAUAAUGUAUGA